ACUUACUCCGUAUUUGGUUUUGUGGUGCCCCUGAACGCUUCAGCGCACACGAAGAAAAAGAAAAAAACAGGGAGGAGGCGCGAAGUAGGGUCGCCGGCGGCGCGCAGGAAAACAAUCUGAAUUAAAUCAAGGAUUUGUGUGAUGUCUUUCCUGAGACUGUUACCUCAAAGGUUGCCCCAAAUUGUCAGGCAGAUGGAGCGAGACGUUGAGACUGUAAUCAACGUUCUGCAGCCAGGUCCGAUAGGAAUUGUGGAGCACAAAUUCACCGAUGCAGAGAUCCGUGAGGCCCAAGUCACAGUAAGAAGUGCAGUCGAGAAUUGGAGAAGGAACUGGACUCUGGAGAGAAAUCUUGGCAGUGGUUCUUCUGCGGAAUGAAAGAAUGCUCUACGUCAUGACUUGGUGCGGAACAAUACUGUAAUAAAAAGUGUUUCAUGGCUGCAACUUUUUUCAUUGCUGUAGUUGAUAUGUGUUGGUAUGAGUUGCUCCAGGUCGGAUGCAUGGUUAGUUUCAAAAGGAUUAUCAUCUGUUGUGCUUAGUACUGCACUUAUGCUUCAAUUUUGUUCAUUGCAAUCUGGAACAUCUCUGUAACACAAGGAAGGCGAGCUUAAAUGUUCCCGUGAUCCGUUUGCACCUGGUGAUAUUAUUAAGGAAUUGAAGGAAUUCCUUUUGUCUC